GAACUGAAUUAUUUUGAUUCGAAAUUCAAUUUGCUUUUUUGACCAAAAGAUGGCCGUAACGGUUUCGUAUAAUGUUGAUGAAAGAUUGUAUUUUUUAUUGAUUAUAAUCGUGUGUAUUUGAGUGUGAGUUUUAUCAUUUUUUUUUAAUAACUUCACACAGAGAUACACUGUCGGAAUGUGUGUGUGUGUGUUGUUUGUAUAAUUCAGCGCAACCAACCAACCAACCAACCAAUUCAACAGUAUAGUGAGCCAAAAGAAUCUUUCCGAAAUAUUUAGCGAUUUUUUUUAUCCUUUCUCUCUUUUUCAACGAUUUUUAUUAUUAUACGAUUUGUGUGUGUGAUUUUUAUGAAAAAUAAAAAAUCGUUGAAGAACACACUACAAAAUAUAUUUUUAAAUUAAAAAUGUUCCACUAAUCGAUGAUAUCAGAGAGCAACAGAAUGAUAAUGUGUAUUCUUUUUUGUGAGCUUCAUUUCAUCGUCACCAUUAUCGAUUGAAAUAAUCUAUUGAAAACAGUUUUGUCUAGUUAUUUUUUUUUAUCACAAUAAUUACUUGGAAUGCCGAUGACAAUGCCGUUGAUUAAUUCAAGAGGCCGAUGGUUUCAUCCAAACAUUGAUCGUGUAUCGGCGGAAAAAAUGCUUGUCGAUCGUGGUGUUGAUGGUAGUUUUUUAGUACGUCCAAGUAGUUCACAUCCAGGUGAUUUUACCCUUUCUGUAUUAAGUGAUAGCGCCGUUACACAUAUUAAAAUACAGAAUACUGAAGAUGAUCUUUAUGAUCUAUAUGGUGGUGAAAAAUUUGCCUCAUUAGUUGAAUUAGUACAUCAUUAUAUGCAAAAUCCUGAUCAAAUACGUGAACGUAAUAAUCGUAAUCGUAUAUUUAAAUUAAAAUAUCCAUUGAUCUCGGAAGAUCCAACAUUUGAACGUUGGUUUCAUGGUAACAUAUCACCACAAGAAGCUGAAAGACAGAUACUUGAAAAGGGAAAAAAUGGUAGUUUUCUUGUACGUACAUCAAGAAAACCGGGUGAUUAUGUAUUGGCCGUUCGAAUUGAUGAUAAAGUAUCACAUGUAAAAAUCUAUUGUCAACAAUCAAAAUAUGAUUUUGGUGGUGGUGAAAAAUUUGAUUCAUUAACCGAUCUUAUUGAAUAUUGUAAACGUAAUCCAAUAGUUGAAACAUCCGGUACCGUAGUGAAUUUACGUUCACCAUUAAAUGCAACAAAAAUCACUGCAUCAACAAUUGAAAAUCGUGUAAAAAUUCUAUCAAAAGAAGAUGGUUGUGAUCGUAAAGAUCGUGAGAGGAAAACGGGAUUCUGGGAAGAAUUUGAAUAUUUACAACAACAAGCAUGUAAACAUCUUUAUUCCCGGAAAGCCGGUGAACAAUCGGAAAAUCGAAAUAAAAAUCGAUAUAAAAAUAUAUUACCAUUCGAUCGUACCCGAGUCACAUUGAAAGAUGUUUCAAAUGAUGAUGGAAAUGAUCCCGCUUCCGACUAUAUUAACGCCAAUUAUAUACAGGUGGAAGAUGAAUUAACAAAUCAACCGAGUAAAAAAGUUUACAUUGCAACACAGGGACCAUUAGCGAAUACGAAAAAUGAUUUCUGGUCAAUGGUUUGGCAUGAAAAAUGUUAUAUUAUUGUUAUGACAACAAAAGAAAUUGAACGUAGUAAACCAAAAUGUGUACGAUAUUGGCCGGAUAAAGAUCAAUCAAUGCGAUAUGGAAAGAUAUCCGUUAAGACAAUAUCAGAAAAGACAAUGUUACAUCAUACGUUACGUGAAUUUCGUAUCCAUUAUGAUGAUAAUGAAAAGGAUUCACGAAUUGUUUAUCAUUAUCAUUUUAUGGCAUGGCCUGAUCAUGGUGUACCAUCCGAUCCUGGUUGUGUAUUGAAUUUUCUACAUGAAGUUAAUUGUAAACAAGAAUCAAUACCGGAUUCUGGACCAAUCAUUGUACAUUGUAGUGCCGGUAUUGGUCGUACUGGAACAUUUAUUGUUAUCGAUAUAUUAAUCGAUCAGAUUAAUCAUCAUGGUUUGGAUUGUGAGAUCGAUAUACAACGCACUAUACAGAUAGUACGUACAAAACGUUCCGGUAUGGUACAAACGAUUGCCCAAUAUAAAUUUGUUUAUCUAGCCGUACAACAUUAUGUGAAUACGCUGCAGCAAAGGAUUCAGGCUGAACAUAAAAGUUUACAAGCUGGUCGUGAAUAUACGAAUAUAAAAUAUACAAAUGAAGUUGGCGAUAAAUUUACUAGUUAUGGUAUACCGGCUACGGCUGCAACUGCAGCAUCAACCGUAAUGAAUAAUAAUAAUAAUAAUAAUGCUAAUGCAAUGAUCAUACCAUUAUCAUCAUCGACAUCAACAACAUCAUCAUCAUCGAAUUUAUCAACAACAAUUCAACAACAACAAAAUAAAAGUUGUAGCAGUCAGAUAGAAUUACAACGUCCACCAAUACCGCCUAGACUUAAUCGUUUAACAAAUGAUUGUCCAUAUGGAUCAAGUUCGACGAAUGAAACUUGAGAGAAGAAAAAUUGAUUGAAAAUUGGAUGAAAUUUAUCAUCAUCAUCAUCGUUAUUAUUAUUAAUAAUGUUUUGUGCUUAUUUUGAUUCUCCAAAAAAAAUUGUUGCUUAUUAUGUUUUUUUUAUUGAAAAUUUAUUCAUCUAAUUAUAUAAAUAUUUGAAAUGGAAACCUUUUUAUUGGGUCCAAAACACACGUUUAUUCAUUCAAAAUGAAAACAAAUAAUUUGUCCAUUGUCAUCAUCAUCAUCAUCAUCAUAGGAAUAUAUUA